AUGUUCGACGACCCGACUCCAACUGCUAUCUCCAAUGAAUCCACGCCGUACGUUAGUGAUGUCCAUAACUUCUAUGUUACUUUCUACGAUGUCGCCAAAGAUAAUUAUAUUAACCAAACUGGGAACUCCACUGAGGUAUACCAAUCAUUCAUAUUACCAUGGUGGCGACAAGUGCUGUGGACAGUGCUGUUUGGCGGCAUGGUGGUGGUCGCCACCGUCGGCAACCUCGUUGUCAUCUGGAUUGUCCUUGCUAACAAGCGCAUGAGGAGCGUUACCAACUAUUUCUUGGUAAAUCUGUCUGUGGCUGACGCGAUGGUGUCGACUCUGAACGUGACGUUCAACUUCACAUACAUGCUGUACGCGGACUGGCCUUUCGGACAUUUCUACUGCAAGUUCAAUCAAUUCAUUGCUGUUGUCAGCAUAUCCGCCUCCGUCUUCACGUUAAUGGCAAUAAGUAUAGACAGGUAUGUAGCCAUCAUGAGUCCCCUGCGUCCACGGCUGGGGAAGCGGGCGACCCUGGGCAUAGCUGCCGCGAUCUGGGCCGGCAGUUCUGUACUUAGUAGUCCCAACAUUGUGUUCUUUACCACGGAGAUGGAUACACUGCCAGACGGCAGCACAAGACGCGUGUGUUUCGCCGAAUGGCCUGACGGAAUGACGACAAGAUCGCUGCAGGAAUAUGUAUAUAACGUGGCUUUCAUGAUAUUGACAUAUUUUCUUCCAAUUAUUUCGAUGACGUACACAUACGCGAGGGUCGGCGUGGAGCUGUGGGGGUCUCAGUCGAUCGGGGAAUGUACUCAGCGGCAACUCGACAACGUCAAGAGCAAGCGAAGGGUGGUGAAAAUGAUGAUAGUCGUCGUGGUGAUAUUCGCUGUCUGCUGGCUACCCUUUCACGUUUACUUCGUGGUGACGUCAUACUACCCGGAAGUCGUCAACUACCCUCAUAUUCAGGAGAUAUAUCUAGGCAUCUACUGGCUGGCUAUGAGCAACUCCAUGUAUAAUCCCAUCAUUUAUUGUUGGAUGAAUUCUAAAUUCCGAAGAGGAUUUAAGCAGUUCUUCUGGUGUUGCGGAGCUUUCGGCAAUGGUGGUCUGAGUAGACACAGAGCUUUUGGUCCGGAUCAUCUGGACAGGUCUCUUCGUUCACUUUCACCGAGUCGAAAAAAUGGAACAAGUUUAUUCAAGGCUUCAAGCAAAACUACAAAAUUCAUCAAAAAUCCGCCCGGCACUCCUCAUUUGCUGCAUGCAAAUAAAAUCCACAAGUAGGGGACUUCCGGACGCCAACAUUUCAGUUGGUACUAUCAGAAUCUCGAUGCACAGCACGUACAAUAAUACGUUGCUAACCAGUGCCUGACAUAGGCGCGGCGCGUCCACUUCGCACGGCGACUGCGGACAUAAUGACGCGCAGCAUCACAAUCCCAACGUCGAGCGGACAUGGAUAUGACGUAAGCCGAGCGCCCCGCGCCCCGCUCUCACGCCGCACGAUCUCUAUGGUUAAAAAUGAUCCAAUCAGAAUGCGUUAAUUUAAAAUAACUGUCACUGUCAUCCAAAUUCCGUUAACACAAUCUUGUAACUGUUUUGAUUUAAUUGGUGUAAAGGACCAACCUUGGCGUUACUAAAGAUAUUAGUGGACACUUGAAUUAAAUUUUAAUUAUUAUAUAAGAUUACAAACAUGGCGGUCUAAAUAAAGACGUUAGUAAUAAUAUUUGUGUCAGUAAGAUGUAAAUAUUCAAUGUAUAAAUAUUAUAUCUUUCUACUGAAGCCAAAGAUAGCGCUACUGAAAAUAUUUUGG